AUGCUCGAAACAUUGACGAUUUUGCCAAUGGCUCCGGGCACGCGGUCGCGGCGAACCGACGUGCUGCACCGUGCGACACCAGUGCUGUUGCCCAAGCCAAACCAGCGGCAGACUACGCUGGACCAGCACCUGCACAGCGUCGGUGUCCGCCCCAGAAGCGCUGGAACGCGUCCCCCACCAGCGCUACAGCAGCCACUACAGCAAUCACAACAAAGGGCGCCACGGCAGCAACAGCAAAAACAGCAGCAAAGACGACAACAGCCACAGUCUCAAUUGCAAGCAUCGCAGCUACAACAGCAGCAGCUCUCGUUUGCCAUUGCGGCACCGACGCGCAGCAUCCAGAACAUUCUGAAUCAUGCAAACUCGAUGGGCUCGAUGAGCGCGGCGCGCCCGAAACGCAAGAUCGCCGCCGACGACGACGAGAGCACUGCGAAGCUCGCCACGAAUGGCCACGUUGGUGGCAGUGGCAGGAGAAGCGACCAGUUCGAUAGCCGGGUCGAUGCCGGAACCGAUGCCGACGACAGCGACAACGCCCUGGACUCAGCUCUGCGGAAGCGGCCGCGGCUGGCUGUCGAGAUUGUCGACGUUGCGAAAUCUCCAGGCCUGCAGAGCCCCCCUGGGGCGUUGGCGCCGGCGCCCCCGCCUAAUAAGGCAGGCGCGGCGAUCAAAACAAACACAAACACCGCUGGCAGCAACAGCCUCGCUGCAGCCGUGCCAAUCGCACCUUUUCCCAACACCGCCAGCACCACCACACCCACGACCAGCAGCGCUCCGCACUCCGCCUCGACACCCGCCACGGCCUCCACUCAUACGCCAACGCGGCGCCCCAUCGCUGCACGACAGCAUCCCGCCAUACCCGCGACCCACAGGGCACCUGUCCUCGACCGUGCGACGCGUGAUAACGCAACGACCUCGACAUCCACAACCAGUUCUUCUCUGCACAAACACGCUGUCCCACCGGCCGCCCCGUCGCCCAUCCCUCUCCCCUCGGACGCGGCUCGUUCACACCGCCUGAACUCUGGACGGUCGGUGCCCAAACCCGCUUCCCAGCUGGCGACGAAACCGCCAAAGGAGAAGGCCGUCAAUGGCUUCAAACAAGAGCUAAAAGCUCUGCAAGUCUCGACUGCCGAGGCUGAGGCUGUGGCUGCCACGCGCGGGCCCCGCGAGGGUGGCCGCAAGCUGCGCUCGCAAGAGGCCACACGAUUCAAGAGUGACUUGGCGGCGUACUUCCCCGACUAUGACGAGGUCAUUGGGAACGAGCCAAAGGAAGAGCACAUCCUAAACAUCGACACGCCCAUCAUCUUUGUCGAGUCCACUCCGGCCCACCCUGCGACAAACCUCCCCACAUCAACAAUCUCGACACCGCUGGCCGCGUCGCUUAGGAGCAGCGACCGCGCGGGAUCUGUACGUGUCAAAGGCUAUGGUGACAAGUUGUUCUACGACGUGUUCGACUCGCACGUUCUCGACUUCACCUUCCUCGGCAACCAGCAUAAGAGCAAGGGUACCGUUGACCCGCUCCCCGACUCGUACUUUGAAGCCCACCAUAAGCGCGCCGAGCGUCUGGAGCGGUCCAUCCGCAACACGGAAAAAGGACGCGCCCAGCAUGAAAAGGACCAGAUCAUGCGUCUCCUUGAGGGCCUUCAGGGACCCGAUUGGCUGCGCACCAUGGGCGUCAGCGGCAUCACGGAAAGCAAGAAGAAGACCUUUGAGCCUGCUCGUGAGCACUUUAUCCGCGGCAGCCGUGCCAUCCUCGAAAAGUUCCGCCUGUGGAGUGUCGAAGAGAAGCGUCGGAAGCUCGAGAAGGAUCGCGCCCACGCGCUAGAAGUGAAGGCACGCGAGGCGGCCGCGGACGCCGCCGCUGCGCACACGCAUGGCAGAGGCAAGGCAAAAGCCGACAACACUGCGUCAAAGUCGUCUCGGGGGCGUCGAGACCUUGGCGGCAAGGCCCUAGGCAAGCGGGCGACUCGAAAGAGCCUCGAUGACAGUGACGUUGCCGGGCAGCCGGAUGACGAGGUGCACGAUGACGAGGAGGCUGCUGAGGACGCCGGGGAUGAUGAAGCCGCCGAGGAAGACGAAGUGGACGACGACAGCCAACCAGACUCCAGCGACUUUGACGCGGUCAUUGCGCAACAGCUUCGCGAAGAGGCCUUGGCCCGCUCCCGGCUGGCAUCCAAGGCAGCCGCCUCAGCCAACAAGCGCCGGAAGCCGAACCGUGCUGCCAAGCAGGACGCGCCUCCGUCCCCCACGUCACCUCUUGCGCGCCCGCCGUCGCCGUCGCAGCCUCCGGACGAAGUGACGUCGUUCUUUCGGAAGCGAUACCAGCGGGAUGCUGCGCUUAGUCGCGGGCGCCGGAAGGGCCGUACGGUUAUGGCCUGGGGACAACCGGUACCUGAGCCGGCCGAGACCGAUUUUAGCCUGCCCGGCGAGAUUCUGAACCAGACCGGCGUGGCUGGACGCGGGAGACGGGGCGGCGCACGCACUGGUGCACGGGGACGGGGUGGUGCGCGAGGCGGCGUGCGUGGCGUUGGCCGCAAGUGA